GGUUUAUAUUCUGUGUUCUGUUCUGUGCUGUUUGGGCUCGCAGGAUUUUGGAUUACGCUUGCAAUUUUGCAGUUUCUAGUUUGAUAAAAUAUAUAUUAAAGCUUACAAGGACCUUGAAUAUGUGCGCUAACGCUAAUUCACUCUAUAGUGCAUAGAAUUUGGUGUAAUAACCGUGUUUAAAAGUAAUCGCCUGAUAAACAAUACAGUGGUACAGUGCAGCAAGAAAAAUGAGCCAGACUCGGGUUGAGAAUUUGUGCCCUACGGCGCACCUAAGGGUGAUUCUGCCUUCCUCAAUGGAUAGCAACUUGCCUCCACCUUUUAUUGACAUAAACAACAUCCACGACAUCCCGCCGCCCCAAGCAGACUUCUCAGCACCACCGCCAUAUGAUGUGGCAGCCAACUCUAAACUCCCCACAUAUGAGGAGGUGCAGCGGGAGAAGCAGAUGGAAGGGGAAGGACAGCCAAUGCCUCCACCAAACCAUCCAACGAUCGCCGCAUUUGUCACCGUGGAGCCAACGGAGGGUACAGCAGAGCAGCUUGACCCUGAGAACAGUUUGCUUGGCACAGACAUCAUGUUCCUUACAUCAUUUUUCGUGGCAUUCCUGUUCAACUGGAUCGGGUUCCUGCUGCUCAUGUGCUUCUGCCACACGGUCGCCAGUCGCUACGGCGCGCUGGCCGGCUUCGGCCUGUCGCUGGCCAAGUGGACGCUCAUCGUCAAGCAUUCCACCGAGCUCGCUUCGCACGAGAACUCGUGGCUGUGGUGGCUCAUAAUGGCGUUUGGCAUUCUAAUCUGCGUGCGCGCAGUUAUCCAGUACCUAAACAUCAAGCGCGGCUGGCGUCUGCUCUCCGGCACUGCUCAGGAAAGACUACUGUUUUUCUACUGAAAACGCUACCCCCACUCUUAUCCCUUACCACUGUAAAACUUAUCGAGAACGCCUCGAUAUUUUGAUCGGGAAUCGUAAGGAGCGGAAAGAAAUAAGGAUCGAGAAAGAAUAGUAGGGUAGAUUCACUUUAGAUUUAUGGUCACAAGAAAAAAAAAUUUUUAGAUUGAAUCUGCACUCUAUAACACUUUCUAAGGAUGCGCUACGAUCUUGGUUUUUUUUUAUAUACUUGCAAAGUACAUGCUACUUGUAAUAAGUGUUUAAUACCUAGCUGUAGUUUCAUUGGUAUUCGUAAUUUUCGAUAAAAUAUAUCGUACCGUGUUAUUCCGCACGGUACGAAUAACGGUACAGAUUGUACCAUAAAAAUAUCGUAGUUUCACGCUAAGCCGCAUCCACACUAAAAAAAAUUGAGUCGUUUCGGGAAAAUUGUUGUGUUAAAAAGCAACAGUUUUCGUCAGUGUGGACGUCUUUAUGUAGUAAAACCAAAUGUGCGGCGAAAAUGUGUUGCAUCAAAAUAAGAUACUGAUGUGGACGCGUUUAA